AUAUAAGAUAGUAUAUAAGGGCAGAAGGAAACUGCUUUACAAUCAGAGUUUCUGAAACUACAAGAUAGUUCUACUUCCAACGACUUUCAUACCAUAUAUUUGCUGAAACUAAAAUCAAUAGCACAAAAUGUCGAAGCUGCUUCUGGUUCUCUGUAUCGCCUUCAUGGCCGUGAGUGUCAUUAUCGCUUGCAGACCAGCGGGUUUUCCAUGCUCAGCAGACAGCGACUGCUGUCCACUUCUGGGAUGCAACCCUUGGGCGGGCCGUUGCACGAAAAAAAUUCCAGUCGGUCCAGCCGGUGCGGCUCAGCCUGGAAUCCCUGCGCAAUAAACAAUGGCCUGACGUUUCAUUCAAAUUGAUAAAUUUGUUCCUUAAAUUAACUGUGGUACCACAAUUAUUAGCGUAUUUAAAUUACUAAUAAAUUAGUGUUCAUUGAAA